CAUGAUGAAAGAUCCUUGGAGAGAGAUGGCACCUUUGAGAGUCCCAUAAAAACAACAGUCUCAACCAAUAAUCUCACUUCUCUACCAACUUACCACUAUUUUAAGACAGAGCCAUGGAAAACCUUGCCGUCGCAACCAUUUGGUACAAUGACUUCAAGAAGGAAUUGCCUAGUGCUGAAGGCAAAGUGUUUGCCAUCACAGGCACCACCUCCGGAACAGGAUACGUUGCCGCUCGCACUGUUGCUGAAAAGGGAGGUGCAGUCCUUCUAUUGAAUCGCAGCUCUGACCGUGCCAACAAGUCCUUGGCUAAGUUGAAGGAAGAAGUCCCCAAUGGCAAGUUUGUGCCCAUCGAAUGUGACCUCCAGAGUUUUGAGAGUGUCCGAAAGGCUGCAGCAGAAAUCAAGAGCAAAUACACUACUCUUUACUGUGUCUGCUGGAAUGCAGGCAUCAUGGCCACACCGGAUCAAGCCACGGUGGAUGGAUAUGACACUCAAAUGCAAACCAAUCAUCUUUCCCAUUUUCUUCUGACCGCGGAGCUGUUGCCUCUGCUAGAAAAACAAGGGGGGGAUGCUCGCAUUGUCAAUCAUUCCAGUGGUGGUCGUCACAUGACGCCCAACAAGUGCCUGGAACGCAAGUAUUUGGAGAAAAAUGGUGGCAAUUUGGGUGGAUCCGAAAUGGAUGUUGGAAAGUUUUCGGGGGCUCCUUUCUUGAGGUACUUUCAAACCAAGUUGGCCAAUGCCGUCUUCACCAAAGCACUCCAUCAAAAACUGCAAGCCAAAAAGAGCCCAAUUCUGGCCAUUUGUGCUGAUCCUGGCAUGUCUGCCACCAGCCUGGCCAACCAUGUUGAUGGUGCCGAAGAUAUGAUGAAAGGUUUUGCCGAAAGGGUGCAAACUCCUGAAGACGGAGCGAUGGGCAUUCUCAAGGGAAUGAUGGAUCCCGAUGUUCAAUCGGGGGUCCAUUAUGGACCUGCUGGGACAAAGGGACCUGCUGUCAUCAACGAGGAAAAGCCAUAUGAAGUGGAUCCGGAAGGAAUCAAGAUGCUCUGGGAAACCAGUCAAGCUGCCACUGGCAUUUCCUUUGAGAUUUGAGCGAAACAACAAUCAUCAACAUAUUCAUGGUGGCAGAAAGAGGUGGAUUUUGUUGAGUCAGCAACAGCUGAUUUGAUGGGUUUCGUUGACGAGGUUCUUUGGUUCGAGAGAUGAAAGCUAGAGCCACUAAUUCACAUUUCACCAGAUAGGACUACUAGUACUAAUUAAGUAGAAUGCCCUUGAUAGCCAGAAGCCGGACAAAGCCAGCUAUUGCAAUACUUUGUGUUGGAGAUUGAUAGCCCCAGUAGCAGCGAAUUGUCCAAGUCGAAGGAGUGUUGUCUUUCUCGAAAACCAGCUGGAACCGUAACCAAGCAACGUGGUUGUGUUGUUUGUUUUGGUGGAGAACCUGGCGAACCGUAGCCCCUGUAACGUACCGGUACGUACUCUUCAAUGCUACUGUGCUGCUAUUUCCGUCGGAUAAAGAGCUGCCGAAAAGAUCCGAACAACGGCACUUGUUCCCUCGCAACUCCCAGCUUCCAUGGUUGGUGUUGUCGCAAGGCAGUGGCAUUAAUUUGACCCAGCAGGGAUUUUCCUUUCUUGCGACCCCAACCCACCACACGCCCAUUCUUCCUUCAAAUGCCCACACCUCGUCAAGCUUGCUUGUCAUGCAUCAAUGGGCAAAAAAAAAAAAGAGAUUUCUUCAUCAGAGGACUGUAAUGUCUCCCUCCAA